AUGGUGAAGCGAUUAUUUUAUACCGUAUCAGCAUUGCUCCAAAAAGUGAUGCACAUUGAUAUUGUAUUGAAUACGACGGAUGUUGCAAGCUUGCAAAAAUUUGCGGAAGAAGCAAAAGAAAAUGCAACACAUUUCCAACAUACCGACGAAAUACUUUUAGACGAAGAUACCAUACUUCACAAGUAUGCAGACGCAUUCCAAUCUUUUCAGAAAAAAGCUUUUAAUCUUCCACAUUUUCCUUGCCUUUCGUGUCAAAAGCUUUGUUGCUUGACCGAUGUCAGGAAACUUGAUAACUUACGCGUCGUUCCAGUUGGAAAAAUUUGGGAAGAUUUGAAGCUGUUCAUUGCUAGUCAUAAAGACUGUGAUUCAGAAUAUAUCUGUCAGUAUUGUUUAACCAAGCUUCGCGCUGGUGUUAUACCUCCCACAUGCGUUCUUAAUAAUUUAUACGUUCGACCUACGCCUACUCCACUUAAAGAUUUGAAUGAAUUUGAAAAAAUUUUGAUACAGAGGGCAAAAGUAUUUCAAACAGUAGUGAAGAUGGGUACUGUGCAUAAAAAAAAUAUACCACACCGAAAAAUGUUAGUUAAAGCUCAAGGGCGAGCUUUCCACUUGCCUUUACCGUUAGAAAAAACAUUGGAAAAAAUUUGUCCUCCGACCAAAGCAAUUAAUUCAGAUCAUGAACUAUACAUAUUAGUACGUGGCGUUCCAACUAAGAGUAAAAAAGUUUGGGAAUCGAUUGUGAACAAAGAAAAAGUAUUUCGCGCCCUUUUAACUCUGAAAGAACGCAAUAUCCUAUACGGUGAAAUAAAUUUACCAGAGCGAUAUUCGGAUUUGUUGGACACGGAUUUACGUGAAACUGAAUUCCAAAUAUCCCAAGAAUGUGACAGUGAUGAAGAUGUUGAUAACCCAGAUACUCAGCUUGCUGGAAGAGAAAAACAAAAAGAACAAGGGGACGGUGUUCAAAAAAUAAGUGUAAACAAGCAAAUCGAUGGCCGCGCAGCGGCUUUGUUGACGCAAAUGACACCAUCUGAUUGUUAUUAUGAACAGUAUACUAUUCAGAGAAUGCACGCUCCGAAGGAGAAUAAAACUGCCACAGAACUUUAUCAGAUGUUAAAGGUUCACGCUGAACCAUUAGAUAACCGAUAUAAGUUGUUGGAUUUUUUAUGUUUUCCGUGUGAAUAUCCUGAUGGUGUUAAUGGAGAAUAUGAAGAAAGGCCUGUCCAUCUUUCCUCAUUUGAAUAUGCUAAAGUCCGAAUUUUGUCACGAAACAAUCAAUUUCGGUUAAAUCAACAAUACUUGUUUUUCCUUUUAAAUGCUCAAACUAUUCGACAAUUGUCGAGUGGUAUAUAUCAUAAACUUAACGUUACUGAUGGACGCGUGCGAUAUACUUCUGCUUCUUAUUUGGAUCAGUUGGGAAAAGGGGAGCUGGAAGGAAAUUUGUCAACAAUAUUUUCUAAACUUCCGAAUACCGAACAGUAUUGGAAAAAACCGCGUAAUGAUUUGAAUUGCAUGCUAUUUUAUUAUGGACCUCCAACAUGGUUUUUCACAUUGAGUCCAAGUGAAUGGCAAUGGGAUAGACUUACCGAAUUUUUAAGAGAGAGGAACCCCUCAGUUGGAAGCGGAAAAUCAGUGAGCGAACUCAUUAGUGCCGAUCCAAUAUCAGCUGCAAUAUUCAUUGAAAAUGAAUUCAAAGCAAUGUUAAAAUUUCUUCAAUCAGAUGACCAUCCCAUCGGGAAAAUUAUACAUUACGUUAUAAGGAGAGAAUAUCAGGGAAGAGGCAUGAUACAUUUUCAUUUUCUUAUUUGGAUAGAGGGUGCCCCUAUUCUCGGAAAAAACUCGAAAGAAGAAGUCGCUGACUUCAUCAAAACGUAUAUAACUUGCAAAAUACCGAAUCCGAAUGUUUCACCCAUGUUAUAUCGUAGAGUUACUACUCAUCAAUAUCAUCAUCACAAUUCCUACUGUAUGCGUAGCAAAUCAGUAGGAGUAAAAGGUAAGGGUGGUAGUCGUAAAGUUUGUCGAUUUGCAUUUCCGAAACCGGUCACUAACGAUUGGAUUAUCAGAGAUGUCCAAACAUCCAUUGCUGGACGGCGAAAGUUAAAGUCUAAAUGCCAAUUGUAUGAUAAUCCUCGUAGUCUCGACGAAGUUAAUAUAAACAACUACAACCCUGCUGUUUUGACAGCUUGGGAGGGUAAUAUGGAUAUUUCAUUUGUAGGAGAAAAAUCGUCGGCACUGGCUUGGUAUCUUACCAAGUAUAUGUCGAAAUCAGAACAAACGCAUGUCGGGGAAAGUUUUGAACAAAUUAACAAUACGAAAUCUGUAGCCAGUAGGCUAUGGAAUAUUGGAUUACGUGCACUGAAUCAUCGAGAAUGUGGUGCACUCGAAGCAGCCGAUAGAUUAUUAGGGUAUCCGUUGUUCAUGACGGAUCCAGAAACUGUAAUAAGGUGGGUUGAUAUUAACAUUGUCAGAAGUAGGCGGGUGAAACCCCGCAAAGUAAUAGAGACCAUGAACGCAGAAUCUACGGAUAUUUUCUACGAAGGUUUGAUUGAAAAUUAUCCAAAUAGACCAACUGAAUUGAACGAUGUAUGUCUUUACGAUUACGCAAAGUGGUAUGACAUUGUAAAAGCCAUGCCUCAACGGAAAGACGUUGUAUUUUAUAAACUUAAACCAGGCUCGUAUCUACGGAAACGCGAACGCGGAUAUUUGAUUAAUCAUUAUCAUUAUGAUCCCAUGACGAACUCUGAAAAUUACUUUCACUCGUUAUUGUUAUUAUUCCAGCCAUGGCGAUGUGUGGCCGAGCUUAAAAACGGUGAAGAGACAUAUACUGCGUCGUAUUUUUCAGUACAUGCUAAAUUGCCAAUGGCCGCAGAAUAUCACGAGCGUUUAGCGGAAAUUGCCAAAAACACGAAGGAAAUGAAAGAAUUGAUACAGCAAAAAAUUGAUGAAAUGGAAAAAGACCAAGAAAAUCAUCCCGUUUCUGAUAAUAUUCCACGAGGAUGUGAUCCUAUCGAAGCAGAUGAAGCGAUGAAAGAUUUCGUGAAUUUAGGUGCGAAUGAAGCUCAUAAAGAACUCAAUAUUACAGAAAUGAUUGCAGAAUUGAACGAAGACCAGAAACGUGUGUUUGAUUUGGUUACCAGCACGAUGAAUUCUGAUGAAAUAUUACGCUUGUACGUGAGCGGAGAGGGCGGAACGGGCAAAAGUUUCUUAAUAAAAACCAUAACCUGUUGGCUCAAGCAAAUAAAAGGUAAGGAUUCGGCUGUUACCGCUCCCACUGGGAUUGCUGCUUUUAACAUAGAUGGAUUAACUUUACAUAGGUUGUUCCAAUUGCCCGUUGAACAUAAUAAAACGCCAAAAUAUAAGGAGCUGUCCGAUGCAGCUUUAGAGGUCAUUAGAGUUAAUUUGAAGAACGUUGAUCUUAUAAUUAUUGACGAAAUAUCCAUGGUCUCAAAUAUCACUUUAAUGUACAUUCAUCUGAGACUAACAGAAAUUUUUAACACCACUGAUGUUGAAGAUGGUUGGUUUGGUAAAAAACAUAUCAUAGUUUUUGGCGAUCUUUUACAAUUACCACCUGUUCGAGAAGAACCAGCGUUCAUCAAACUUUCGAAAGAGAAGGUUGAAAAAUUGAUUGGUUCAUUGUGCAGCACAAAUUUGUGGGGUAAUUUAUUCAAAUAUGACGAACUAUCAAUCAACAUGCGUCAAAAAAAUGAUUCAUCUUAA